UAUAAUUAAAAAUGUUUGAUAAAAGUUUUGAAAGUUAUACAAAUUGGUUGAUUACAAUCGCCAUCGGUUUAAUAACAGUAUAUUUAGUAAAAUUUUAUGCCAAAGUUUAUUCCCUACCCCGGGGGCCGUUCCCAUUCCCGGUGUUGGGCAAUAUACUGCUGUUCAGAAAUACAAAAGUGAAUCAAUUCGAGACAAUCACUGAAUUGCAUAAAACCUAUGGACCGGUGUAUACGCUAUGGUUGGGUUCGCAGCCUUUGGUCUCCAUUUCUGACUAUAAUUUAGUUAAAACCGGAUUUAACUCAAAGAAUAAUGAACUGAUGGGAAGAAAUAGAAUUGGUUUCGCAAAAAUACUACUUCAGGGCGGAUGUGAUGUCGUGUUCACAGAUCACGGGCCAGUUUGGGCCAGUCUUAGACGUGUCGCACACUCGGCGGUCAGAAAACUAGCCAUAAGUGAGAGGUUGUCUGAUUUGGUGGACGAUGUCGUCGACGAGACCGUACAGACCAUGAAGAAGACACACCCGAUUGGGACACCAUUUAAUCCCAAGAGUUUUAUUUACGCCAAUGUAGUCAAUAUAAUCGCUUCGUCCACUUUCGGCAAACGGUAUCAGUUCGAAGACGAAGAGCUGAAGUUCAUUGAGAAUAGCUUUGAAUGCUUCAGAGCCAACACUACUGAUCUGGUUCUUGUGGAUCAGAUGCCUGUCCUCCGACUCGUCCCGAAAUACGCUAAAACUGCGGCCAAAACUAUACAAACACUUGAGGCGAUGACCACUAGAGUUAAACAGCAAUACUUGUCUCGCCUGACGACCCAUUCCUCGGGUGUCGUCAAUGACUUCUGUGACGCUCUCAUUGAGGCUAAAGAGGAGGCCAUUCAGGAGGCGAAGGAAAGCGCCGCCGCUUUGACAGACCAUAACCUGUCACUCGUUAUUAUG